CGCGGACAAUAACUGACAAGCAACCGGUCAGCCAGCCAGCCGUUCUGGCUGCGAAAAUCGCGUUCCUUUCCUUUCUCGCCAGCGAAUCUAGCAUCGCCUAUGUUCCAUCAAAGUGUAGCAAACAUGGCGUGUUCCCUGCUCGUGAAAAUGUGAAGUAUACAUUUCUAAGAAAUGGAUGAAACGCGUACCAGUGCGGUGAACAAGAGAUAAGAGAUAAAAUACAAAUAAAUAAGUUUGGUGUUUAUUACUGGUGUUUUGAUAGUGUUCUACGAUGAUCGCAUAAAUAAUCAAGCGUGUACAUUUAUAAAGAGCAACGAUUUGGUGGGAGGAAGCAGCAGGUUUUUCGAUCUCACGGCUCGAUGAUCGAUGCAUCUACGUUUCCAGUUGUAGCGUUAGAGAAAUACUGGAAGAAGGUCAAAAUAUCCGCAGAAAAGUGGCGAACGGAGCGUGCCAGGGGAGAAUAAGAUCUCAAAUGCGCAGCGAGGCAACGAAGAAAUUGUGCAGGCAGCCGUCGGGAACAGCUGGCAUCACGGAAUGUUGACCUAGUGAUCGAGCCGCGAGUGUGUGCUGAUUUGACAUAACUGCGACGAAAAGUACGGAUGAAAAAUGCGAAACGGUGGUCAGCCACAGCAGACGGCGGUAAUGACGCCGCCGCAUUUGAACGGUUCCGCGCAAUUCGUUUCCGGCGGUUACGUCGGCUACGUACCACGUCAGUCCUGGGGACAGUUUCAAGGGCCCCAACAUCCCAGGAACACGGCCAGACCACUGUCACAUCCACCGCCGCCACCCUCCAGAAGGGAAAGCCAAAGACCCUCUGGCAACGGAUCCGCCAACCCUAAGAGUACGUCUCUUCCGCAUUGCAAACCUGGAACGCACAGGAGUACCACACCUUCGAAGGUGGACCCCGAGCUGAUAUUCACGAAACAAGAACGAAUUGGGAAGGGUAGUUUCGGUGAGGUGUUCAAAGGCAUCGACAAUAGGACCCAGCAGGUUGUUGCCAUUAAGAUCAUCGAUCUCGAAGAGGCAGAGGAUGAGAUCGAAGAUAUACAGCAGGAGAUCAUGGUGCUGUCACAGUGUGACAGUCCAUACGUCACCAAGUAUUACGGGUCCUAUCUCAAGGGAACGAAACUAUGGAUUAUUAUGGAGUACUUGGGUGGCGGCUCGGCCCUGGACUUGAUGAAGGCCGGUAACUUCGAGGAAAUGCAUAUCGCGGUGAUAUUGCGUGAAGUGCUCAAAGGGCUGGACUAUCUUCACAGCGAACGAAAGCUUCAUCGCGAUAUUAAAGCUGCAAACGUUUUGUUAAGCGAAAUGGGCGACGUGAAGCUGGCCGACUUUGGUGUGGCUGGACAGUUGACCAAUACGACCAGCAAACGUAACACUUUCGUCGGAACACCAUUCUGGAUGGCACCGGAAGUCAUCAAGCAGGCUUCGUACGAUUCGAAGGCUGACAUUUGGUCGCUGGGCAUCACCGCGAUCGAAUUGGCCAAAGGAGAACCUCCAAACAGCGAGCUGCAUCCUAUGAGGGUCCUAUUUCUCAUACCGAAGAACAAUCCGCCCCAAUUAACCGGAAAUUAUACGAAGCAAUUCAAGGAAUUCGUCGAGGCCUGUCUGAACAAGGACCCUGAAAACAGGCCAACGGCGAAAGAACUACUAAAGUUCCAGUUCAUCAGGAAGGCGAAGAAAAACUCGUACCUGAUCGACCUCAUAGACAGAUACAAAAAGUGGAAGUCGCAGCGCAGCGAGGAAUCCGAAACGGAGAGCGAAAAUUCGGACUCGGAGGAGUCGAAACAGGAUAGCGACAUGGACGAGCCAUGGAUAAUGACCGUGAAAGGCCCUCACGGGGUGAAAGGAUCCGUGGUGCCUAUGCUACCGCUCGAUGAACAGCCAGCCUCGUUGACCAUUACACACACGCCGAAUCACAGAUCCACGAAUCACAAUCAGCAAACGAAGCCACACGCGAACGGUGCCUCGAGAUCUCCACCGAAAGAUUCCACGUUGAAUCAUUACAGAAGCGAGUCGAGGGAUUCUGUACGCGAUGGCCAAGCGAAACACACGCCGUCCCGACCGCACGAGGCUGCGCCACCGCCGCCCGUGGACACGCGAGAAAAACGAGAAGACCGAGAUUACAGGGACUUCAAUCGGGAUUCCUCGUUGAGGGAAUUGAAGGAGAUACGUGACAGCAGGGACAGCAGGGAUAGGGAACGUGAUAGAGAAGGACGAGAAAGAGAAAGGGACAGGGAUAGGGACAGAGACAGGGAAAGGGAAUUCAGCGCGAAAGAGAAGAGGAACAGUAAACCGGAUGUACCUGUCGUACCUAUGGUGGACCAUAGGCCCGGUGAAGACAAACAGAGACCAAGGAGCUCGCAGGAACUGAAGCAUCCGCGGAGCGCGGCUCUUUCCGGUGUUGUUUUACCUCUCCUUUCCGAGCUUCAACGGAAACAUCAAUAUUCGGCAAGAGACAAUAAUGGCGAGGGCGGAAGCGCCAUUGGUAAGAACAGUGGCGCGAUAGAGGAACUACGCAGCGCAUUCGAGACAGCGGAACGCACUUCGCCAGGAAUGACCGAGGCUCUUAUCAGGGAACUCUUUAAGUCUUUACUUCCUGCCAAUCAUUCGGAGGGUUGUCUAUUUAUGCUGAUGGAAAAAGUAAUUCUAAGGGAUACGUAGGGACGCGAGAGGGCGAGGAUUCGCAAGAGAUUGUGGUCCGAAAACAUCCUAACGUUGUAACGAUUCGUUAUUUCUCGUUUAAACAGAGUUAUUAUUCCGUAUGAUGCCGGUACGUUGUUAACCGGAUCCGAGCAUGAGAGAAGAGUAGAAGAAGAACAUCGCUGCAACGACCCGGUCGUUUUCUUUUCCUUCGGUCUACAGAGACUAGACUCGACAACAAAAGGUCGUCAAAUUGUAGCUUUUAUCCGAUUAUCCCGUCUCCAUGUCCAAUUCAACGCGAAGUGCUCGUUAGAUAGAGAGAUGAAAAUAUUAUAGCGACAUUUUUUGCCGCACCAAAAAUUUACUCAUUUUAUGAACGAUAAUAUCGACUUUUUCCGUUCAAAGCAGAGCAGAAGAUUUAGAGAUUUAUCUACUACAGUAAAAGAAAAAAAAGCUAGAGAAAAGUAAAAAAAAAAAAGAGAGAAGAAAAUUAUACCAUCCAAUUGCCCUCGCGCGAGGGUUACAGUUACCGUUAAAUCUUAAAAAGAUAUUAGCUCCCCUCCCCCCGAUCGUUAAAAGUUAGUAUUUGGAAAAAAUUAAGUAAAAAAAAAGUGCAAGAAAAAUGUAGGAGAUAGUUGAGAAAUAUUUUUGCAAAUCGUGCAACCACCCGUUCAAGAUUCUUUGUACGUUCUUCGUGUUCGGUAUCGACGCAACCAUAAAAGAACGGAUGAUAUAGCGUAGGGUACAACCGUGGUCCGAUGGAUGGUGAAAGGGUAUUCGUUGAAGGGAUCUUGCCUCAUUGUAGAUACAUCCGGAACGUGUACUGCCAUUACGAUUUUACUAUGACAUCAUAGCCGAAUCGUUGCCAAUCGCAGUUUCUUUCGAGCGAGUAUUCGCGUUCGAAGAUCGCGCUUUUAGCGGACAACAAAUUCGAAGAUAUUUAUUUUAAACCGUAGAAUAUUCAGUCCAGCAACGUAGAGAAAGAUUUGAAAGUUAGCAAGGGGAAAGUGCUACCCUUUAAAUAAAUGCCUUCCCGUUGCAUCCUGCGUUGGUGCACGUUCCGGAUUAUGGAAAUAAAAUCGAAGGAAGGGAGAGUGCCUCUAUGUCGGAGGCUUUGUAAAUAUGUAUGUAGCACGAUAAGAUAGUCUUAUUGUUCUAACGAUCGACGUCUCUGCCAGUCGGUUGCGCAGCUCCGUAACGCGAUCCCGUUUUACCUUGAUAUUUCUAGUACUAUUUUUCCGUAAAUGAACGAAGCAGUGAGAAAAAGUGAGAGAACAAGGGUCACAAGAAAAUUCAUGCGUUUAUGAUUGACGUCCGAAGCGUACACCCGGUUCGGGAGAAACGAAAAUUAAUGUAAAUGAUAUCGAUCGAGUAGCUGAUGCGAGUGCUAGUUCGCGAAUCACGCGAAAAUGUGCUUUCUUUUUCUUGAGCUAAAGUUCUUCCACUAGUUUCAUCCGGGAUAAGGAGUUCUUAUAGUCGAGCCGUUCCAUGAUCGAGCCUGAGCUGUGAUAACUUCCGCGGGACGUCGGCACUUAAUCCACGUUGUUUGUAAACUAAUGUAUUUUAUAAAGUAUAUUAUAUAGAAAAUGAAAAAAAAGCGGAUGGAAAGAAAACACGAAAAAAUUCCUCGUAAUGAUCGGAUAGACAGAGAGGUUUAACAAGAACGACGGAGUCGUCGUUUUAACGCAGGAUAGCCGCAAACGAAACGAAGUAGCUAUUUGCGACGAACGAUCGUUUCUACGGGACGUUUGCGCGCUAUCCUGCAGCGUGAAACAUUAGAAACGGAGGAAAAAGCGCAAGAGGGUGAUAGAGUGCGAGAGAGGGAGAGAGUGAGAGAGCAAGAGGACGCGCGUAUGUGUGGUAUACAAGAGUGUGUAAGAGGAGAGAGACGAUUUACGACAAAACGAGAGGAAGGAAAAUACGAAAAAAUGUCUAGCGCUGCGCAAAGGUGGAAACUAGCGUAAAAAUUAUAACGAGAACAUAGUAUUAAUUAACAGGGAGUCGUGCAGAAAAAGAGAGGCGACUGAGAGAGACCUAACUAUCGUAAGCCCGCAAUACAAUAUCACGUAGUUGCGUUUUAUUCCAGUCAGCGAGGCGAUCAAUGGAAGAGCCGUAAACUCCUACAAUUAUUAUUGUAAUAUUGUCAACGACGACGAACGAGAUAAUUGUUAGUACGUGAACACCUCUGAUCUCCGCUCUACCACACCCCCUUUUAUUCUCUUUUCCGACUCGUUCUCCUGCCGCCUAUAAUAUUUCUUUGUUUUUCAUUCUUUAUUUCUGGCCCGAGAUCGAAAGAGGAGACACACAAACACACAUACAAAUACACACACGCGCGCGCGUACACACACACACAUACAGAAAUACGUAGGAGGACUUUACUAUUCUUCAGUUGAAUUUACAUUAGUUAAUAUCACUACACUCUAUUGUUAAUAUUAUGGAUUUAUUCGUCUUAUUGUUGUUUCACCGUUGGGUUAGGUUCUUUUCGAUGACUUUUACGACGGUCGCUACCCCAGUCAUCCUCAUAAAGCUGCCAUAAACGCUUACCGGCUACGCUCUAAUAAAGAACUCAGAAAACUCGAAA